UUCCGUUUUAUGAUUAUAUUUUAAAGACCUGUUUAGAAUGAUACAAUGCCAUUUUGAUCUUUUGGAUUGAAAAACUUUCCCAUUUACCUUAAAUGAAGAAAUGCAGUUUUAGUGAAAAGCAAUUUCAGCAAAUAUUUAAUACAUGCUAGAUUCCAAGCACAAUACUGAACAACAGUAUUGAGCUACCCUACUCUCAACUAAACUAUAAAUUUUCAUUAUUGUGUUGAAAGGAAAUCAGCCCUAUUCGUAUCAAAUAGAAGGGGAAACUAUUUGAAGCAGGAAGCUCUUAUUACAAAGUAACGACGAAAUGGAGAACAGUACGUAUUUAUCAGAGAAAUUGGACAAAUGGAAUAGUGAACUAGCCAGUGGUCUAACCCCGAAUAAUGUGAUUUUGUCUCUGUAUAUUGUAACAAGUUUGUUGGGAAAUUCUACAGUGAUUCUGAUUUAUGGAUUUAAGAUGAGAGGAAACAAGGAGGAGAGGUACUUUAUUCCAUUCCUUGCUAUGGCGGAUAUAUGGGCUUCCUUGGUUUGCGCUUCUUUCGGAAUCGCUCUCAACAUGAUGCAGGCCGAGUUUAACAACACGCACCUGUGUAAAGUCUGGUGGUUCUUCGCGGCGUUCACUACUUUUACGUCCAUCUUCUUCCUUUUGAUCAUUGCCGUACACAGGUAUCUCAAAGUCUGUAGACCUCUUGGAAAACAAAUGACCCUCAAAUGGAAAAGAUUUGCUUUAGGUUUGGGUUUGUUUGUAGCAUUUAUACAUGCUGUACCUAUGGUUCAUUUUUAUGGAUCCGUUCCCUUUCCUAAUGAUGAGGGGGGGAUCGUUGGUCAACGGUGUAGCAGACUAAAAACCACCAACAAAACAGGGUCUUUGAUCUUUGGAGGAGUCAUAGUUCUCAUAAUAGUUGUAUGCAUUGUUACGCUAAUUUGUCUCUAUGCCAAAAUUGGAUACACUAUUCUUGCACACUUUAAAUUUUCUAAAUCCCCAUGCAAAGUUGAUACCAGUUCGGACGUAGAAAAACAUAGCAAGAAUAAUCCCUCUCAGGUUACAAUUCCAAGCAGCAACGGCCCCCUUAGUGACACAGAAAAUGGAAUCUGCGAAACGAACAACACUGAAUUGUCCGAAUCGUUACCUCCUCAAACGUCUACAAAGACAACAGGGAAAACCCUUAAAACAGAUACAAAACUUGAAGGAAAAGUGAAUCCUUGCAAGUCAAGUGCAAAGCGGAGGAAAGAAAGAAACAACCAGAGAAUUGUACACAAAUUCACUCUGAUGUUUAUGCUCAUCACGAUAAUCUUCCUCCUUUGUUACAUCCCAAAGGUUAUCAUUAUGUUACAAGAGGCCAGGAACCCGAAGUUCUGGGAGGAGUUUUCAGAUUCUGCUAGAGCUGGCGUGCUGUUUGUGUAUAGGAUGUACAUCAUAAACAAUAUUACUAAUCCAAUCAUUUAUGCAUUCCUGGACGAGCAGUUUGCUAAAGAAAUCAAGACGUUGAUUAAAGUUUGUAAAUAAGAAAGUGCAAUUGGGUCAUUAUUACAUUGUUUUGUAAAAUAUGAUAUUUUUUAGACUUGUAUGAAAUAAGGAAUCUAUUUGACGUCACACAACAGUGUCUCCAUCCUAUUGUAUGUCAUCAUAUUUCCAAGUAACUACAUAUAUACAUAUGCAUGGAAGUAAUUGUACAGAAUAUUCCAUUCUCAAUUCUUUUGUGAAAAGAAUAUAUUAUUUAUCUCUGCUUAA